UAUUCGGAAAUAGGAAAUGAUGUUGUUAAACGACUUGAUGGAAUGUAUUCCUUUGUCCUUUUUGAUUCAAAUCGAAAUCGGUUUAUUGCAGCACGUGAUCCUAUCGGCAUCACUACCCUUUACCAAGGCUGGUCGUCAAGGUCUCCCGGCACUGUCUAUUUCGCUUCUGAGUUAAAAGCUCUUCAAGAUGAUUGUGAUAAAAUCAUCUCAUUUCCUCCGGGCCAUAUAUAUAACUCGGAAAUUGGUGGGACGACGAGAUACUACCAACCUAUAUGGUGGAAUAGUGAUUUCAUACCAACUACUUCAAUCGAUUACACCUUAUUAAGGAAAACUUUGGAGAGAGCUGUUGUAAAGAGAUUAAUGAGUGAUGUUCCAUUUGGUGUCUUAUUGAGUGGUGGCUUAGAUUCCAGUUUAAUCGCUGCGAUUGCAACAAGAGAAGCUGCUAAAUUAGCUGCUUCUCAAGACGGUCUCGAAGAUGAUGAGCUCGAUGAACAUUUAAUUGCUGCACGUUCGGUUGCUGAAUUUCUUGGCACUGAUCAUCAUGAAUAUACCUUCACUAUUCAAGAAGGUCUUGAUGCAAUUCAUGACGUCAUAUAUCAUUUAGAAACUUAUGAUGUAACAACUAUUAGAGCUAGUACUCCAAUGUAUUUAUUUGCUCCAUCUGCUGUUGAUUUUCACAAGGAAACUGUUGAUCGUGUAAAGAACUUGCACACUUCUGAUUGUUUACGUGCCAAUAAAUCGACAAUGGCUUGGGGUCUUGAGGCUCGAGUACCAUUCUUGGAUAAAGAUUUCCUUGAUGUUGUUAUGACUAUUGAUUCUGAAGAAAAGAUGCCUAAAGAUGGAAAAAUGGAAAAAUACAUCCUUCGUAAAGCAUUUGAUGUUUCAACAACCGGUGAUUCUCAUCCUUAUCUACCCGAUUCGAUUCUCUGGCGUCAGAAGGAACAAUUUUCUGAUGGUGUGGGAUACAGCUGGAUUGAUACUCUUCGUGACAUUAGUGAAAAAUCCGUUACAGAUGACCAAUUAGCAAAUGCUGCUAAACGUUGGUCUAAAGAUCCUCCACAAACUAAAGAAGCCUAUUGGUAUAGAGAACAAUUUGAAAGUUUAUUCCCAGGUGAAUAUUGUACCGAAAGAUGUCCUGAAGAUCCAUCUGGUCGUGCCCAGAGUGCUCAUAAUUCUUCUUAUAAUCAAAAUGAUUUGGUUCGACUCCAACCUCGUGAAAAUAUUUCCGAGG